GCUUCAUCCAUUGUAGGUACGUGUUUCCACAGUAAAAAUCAGGUGAGGAGGGGAUGGAGGCGACCCAGCUACUGGAGGACUGUGUCUUGGAAGAGGAGGCUGGGCAGGAGGAAGCCUUAGGGAAGGAGGGAAAGCCACUGGCCAAACUCAGAGUCUUCAAAAAUGACCACUUUCCUGAGACUGACAUUCCACUCUUCCUUGGCGACAACAUGCUGGGACGUGACCCCUCGUCCUGCUCCCAUCCCCUCCCUGCCCGCUCUGUGUCCAAGCAGCACGCCGUCAUCUCUCUCACCCUCUUCCCUGGAGACGGGUACCGUGACGACGUCAUCAUGGAGGCCCUGCUGUGGGACCUGGGCAGCAUGAACGGGACGAGGAAGGGGAGGUUUCGGCUGACGCCCAAUGUCAGAUACGCCCUUGGCGAGGGGGAGAGCGUGGUCCUGGCUGACUUGCCCUGCCAGUACGUCAGCGUGGGGCUGGGAGAAGCAGGGGGUGAAGUGGGGUGUCCGGUGGAGACAGAGGCUGAGAGGGGCAGAGGAAGAGGCAAGCGUGGAGGUAGAGGGAGGGGACGAGGUUCGGGGAGACAGGCCCGGACGGAGAAAGAGAGUGGGGCAGUGAACGAUAUCAGCGCUGCGAAGAAUAUCACAGGACAAAGGACCGAGGGGCGUAGAUCGGAGAGUGAAGUAUCAACGCCAAACGUUCCACGGGCCAAACCCCUGACCUUAGAACAAACUCCAAAAGAACCGGAACUGACACUGGUCCCAGAGUCAGAAUCUGACUCCGAUGGAGAGAGAGGCGGAAGGAGAGAAAGAAGGACACGGAUGUUAGUGUCUCAUUCAGACUCCCCUCAAACAUCUGGCCCAUCAUGCUCUGCUUUCCUGACUCCCGCAAGCAAAAUUGUCCCAGAGAGCGACAAUGAGGACUCUGUCACUCCCUCCUCCUCGGUGAAUGACACCUCUGAGCAAAAAGUGAGCCUGAACCAAACAGAGGUGGAGGAGAAAGUGCCAAAUGAACUGAAGAAAAAGAAAAAGACGCCACGGGUUAUUGUGGAUGACAGUGAUUCGGAGGAGAGUGUGCUGCUGGGAGGUGCGUCUGUGGAGAAGGGUGUGUGUGAGGGGGAAGGGAGACAUGAUGUCUCUCAGCACAGCAAGACCCCAGACCUGGUCACUGCUCUCAUCCCAGACAGUGACCCUGAUGUAGAGGGCCAGGGGGAGGCAGGACAAAAAAACUCCCAACACAGAGAGCAUGGCAGUUCCCCGAUGAAUAAGGAGACUGUGAAACCCAAUGGAACAUUAGCACCAGCUGGUCUCAGCAAAGGUGUGCCCAUUUUGAAUAUGGACAGUGACACAGAUGUAGAGGGGGAGGAGGAAGUGGGAAAUCUCCCUGGAUCUGGGGAGUGUAAGGCUGCUUUGGACUCGGGUGCGAGACCAUCCCCAGUUCCUGCAGUAAACCCUCUGGAAUUCCAUUUGGACAGUGAUACUGACGUGGAGGAGGACACAGACGGCGUGACUAGGUCUGGCACAGGUGGCACAGACCUGGAAGAAACUGCAGAGGAUCCCCCCAGGUCUGGGGUGAAUUUCAGCACCAGUCCACCAGAUGCUGCCGUACUGAAGCCUCAGGCCUUGCACUUUGACAGCGACACAGACGCAGAGGACGGCGACGCGGCAGUGCUUGUCCCCAAAGCCGAAGCCCCGGCGACCGCCGCGGGGAAAGGCUUGGAGAUCCUGUCUGACAGCGACACGGAUGCAGAACAGGACGCGGCGGAACCGUGCCCUCCUGCCGCUGAGGCGGGGUCAGGGUCCCAGCCUCGCUCUGGCUCCCAGACCGCCACGGUGGUGCCCGCCGCCCGUCCCGAGGCCGACAGCGACACCGACAUGGAGGACUCAGGCCCUGCCAGGCUGCAGUCUUCGCCCAAAGCCAACAUCGACCCCAGAGAUUUCAACCUGGACAGUGACACGGACGUCGAGGAUGCAGCGGAGGAGACAAGCGCAGAGCGAGUGGGGGAGGCUCAGGGCUCGCCCAGUGUGAAGGGCAUCGGGGGUCUCUUGGCCCCUGGUGUUGUUGAACCAAAGUGCUCCACACCCCUGGCACCAGUUGUACAGGAAGAGGAACUGGAGACGCAGGCCUUCCUCUGUCCCUCAGAUCCCUUCAUGCGUCCGUCUGUCCCUCCAGUCCUGAAGGCCAAGCCUCUUGAGGACAGCCAGGGAGACAGUACAGAAGAGGUAUUUGUUGCUGAAACCCAGUGCUUCGGGUCUGAUGGUCCCCAGAGCAGUCAUCUGAGGGACACUGCAUCGGACGCCACCCAGCUUUGCUCCUCAGACUCUUCCCUGUCAGAGGACUUUGAGGACCAGCCCACCCAGGCCUUCUCCUUCCAGCUGGGUCUGUCUGACAGCAGUCGCUUGCAGGUCUCGGCUACACAGAGCACCCAGGUUGUCAGCCAGGGUGAGGAGGAGGCGGAAAUGGACGCCACCCAAGCCUAUGAGGAGGCCCCUCCUCCCAGAGGGGACUCCGUGGAGAUGGACUUGGAUAUAAUGCCCACGCAAGCCUAUGGGGACAAUGUGCAUGGAAUGUGUCCCACUGUCUCCAGUCCACACAGAGGAGGCGGUGCAGAGACAGAGGAGGAUGAGGAGCUGGACGCCACUCAGGCGUACACUGGUGAGGUUCAGGUGAGGACAGUGGCAGAUGAGGAGGCAGAGACCCAGCCAGUGGAUCCCCACAGCAACUCUCACCUCUCCACUGCUGACACUCAGCCUGUAUCUGCCUUGCAGAUGGGAGUGGGAGUGAGGGAGGAGGAGGAGGAGGAGGAGGGGGAAGAGGAACAGGAGGAAGAGGAAGAAGAGGCGAAAGCCUCAUCACAAAAACGGAUGAGGAGAUCCCAGAGGGGAAGAGCCAAAGAGCCAGAGGAGGUUGCAGCGACCAGCAGAAGUAGCAGGAGCAGGAGCAAGAGAGCAGAUGGAAAAGAGGAGGAAGGGGACUCUUUGGAGCCUCCGAAGAGACAGACUCGAGGGAAGAUUAAAGCAGAGAAAGCUACAAGAGGAGGAGGGAGGAGAAGAGUAAUGCCACUGGAGGCUGAAGACAGGGAGGAAGAGGAGGACAAGGGCACAGAGGGGAAGAGCAAGGGGGUUGGGAAGAGGAAAGCAAAGAAUAUGAUACAACAGAGACAGGACCGAGACAGUGAGGGAACAAUGACAUUGGAGAAGGAAAAUCAAGAAAGAGAAGAAAAAGAAAGGCUGGAGAGAGAAGAGAGAGAAGAGAAAGAAAGACUGCAGAGAGAAAGAGAAGAGGAAGAAAGACUAGAGAGAGAAAGAGAAGAGAAAGAAAGAUUGGAGAGGGAGCAGAGAGAAAGAGAAGAGAAAGAAAGAUUGGAGAGGGAACAGAGAGAAAGAGAGGAGAAAGAAAGACUGCAGAGAGAAAGAGAAGAGAAAGAAAGAUUGGAGAGGGAACAGAGAGAACGAGAAGAGAAAGAAAGACUAGAGAGAGAAAGAGAAGAGAAAGAAAGACUGCAGAGAGAAAGAGAAGAGAAAGAAAGAUUGGAGAGGGAACAGAGAGAAAGAGAGGAGAAAGAAAGACUGGAGAGAGAAAGAGAGGAGACUGAAAGACUGGAGAAGGAACAGAAAGAAAGGGAGGAGAAAGAAAGGUUGGAUCGAGAGAGGAAGGAACAAGAAGAAAAGCAGAGAUCAGUGAGGGAGAGAAAGGAGCAAGAAGAGAAGCAAAGAGAGGAAGAGGAGAUGAAGGAAAGGCUGGAGAAUGAAAAACGGGAAAGAGAGCAGGCAGACAGGGAAGGAAAGGAGAAGGAGACAGAGGAGAGUGAGAAGAAGCCGAAGCCGUCCGCUCGAGGGAGACGCCAAACAAGAAGCAUGGCCUCUACUGCCCCUACCAUUGCGCUGGAGUUACCUGAGCUAGACGGCCAUUCCACCCUGGAGCUCAUACCUGAGCCAGGGACGAGGUCCCGGUCCAGCUCCAUCACCUCUGUCAGCUCUGGAAAGUCCAGCUCCAGCACCGGGACUCAGAGGCGAGGGAGGGGAAGACGGAGCCAGAGGACCGAGCCGGAAGCUGAUUCUGCCCUCCUUUCCGAUCAGAAGGAAGAGCCCCCAACACCUAGGUCUAGUGGUAGAGGGAGGAAAAGUCAGAGGAUGGGUGUCUCUGAGACAGAUGUGAACCCGAUGCAGCCUGAGAAUACAGAGAAGGACGAUCCCAAACAGAAUAACGCCAGGGGCAGGAACAAGGACAAAAAAGUGAGCAAUUCUGAUGCUCCGGCAAUCAAAGUCAACCAAACGACGGUCCAAGAAAGUGUAGAAACUUCAGCACCUAAAGCGAGUAGUAGAGGAAGGGGUAGGGGUCGUAAAGCAGGCGAUUCUGACUCUGUGGUAGCUGAAGUGGACCAAACCAUGGUACAGUCAGAAACUUCACGAGCUGAAAGCCCGGCACCUAAAGCGAGUAGCAGAGGAAAGGGCAGGGGUCGCAGAGUGAGUGAUUCCGACUCAACGGCAGCUGAGGAGGGACAAAACGCAGCGGUCGUGGAAGCUCAAAGUGAAGAGAUGGAGGUCUGUAAAGGCAGUGGGAGAAACAGAGGGCAGAAGAGGGGUCUGGAGGGAGGAGCGGAGGGAGAGGAGGGGGGCGGCUCUUUCAAAGUGCCCAGGGGGAAGUCCCACAGAACUGCGAAGGGUGCAAGAGAAGAGGAGGAGGAGGUGGAAGAGGAGCUAAGGGAGAAUGAAGAUGAGCCUAGCCCAGUUCCGAAGAGGGGGAGAGCGCCUACAACCCAGGGAAAGAAGAAAGAGCAGCAGGCUGAGAUGGAAACUGAAGAGAAGAAGAAAGAGGGGGAUGCUAGUUCCUCAGUUCAGAGGAGAGGCAGAGGGAGGCAAGCCACAGAGCAGAAGAGGAAGGAGGGUGAGGAAGAGGAAAAGAGAGAGGAAGACCAGGAAGAAGAGUCUUUGUCUGUCCCCAGCUCUGAAGAACAGAAUUUGCUCCAGACCCCGACGGGUAGGAGCUCCCGAAAACGGGUGGCCGCGAGCGAGUCCCCACCCACUGUUGUCAAGACCCCUCGCCAUUCCAUCACCUGUGCCCCCUCCCCCGGAACUGGGGGGCGACACAAAGCCGUCGCUCAGGCUCCUAAGGUUUUGUUCACAGGUGUGAUGGAUGAGGCAGGUGAAGCCAUCACAGCUCGUCUAGGGGGCAGCAUGGCAAAAGGCGUUAAUGACAUGACCCACCUGGUGACGGACAAGGUGCGGCGCACCGUGAAGUUCCUGUGCGCCGUGGCUCGGGGAGUGCCCAUCGUCACCACCGAUUGGCUGGACAAGAGUGGUAAGAAUGGGGGUUUCCUCUCCCCUUCUGCCUUCCUGGUAAAGGAUGUGGAGCAGGAGAAAAAGUUCGGCUUCUGUCUGGAGGAAUCCCUGCGCACGGCGAAUGCCCAGCCGCUGUUAGAGGGUUACGAGAUCCACGUUACACGCUCCGUGAAGCCCGACCCAGCCCAGAUGAAGGACAUCAUCUCCUGCAGCGGAGCCCGAUACCUUCCCAAGAUGCCCUCUGUCGCCAAGCCUCAGACGGUGGUGAUCUCCUGCGCGGAGGACGCCCAUCUCUGCGGCCCGGCCUUGUCCGCCUCCCUCCCCGUCCUGAGCGCCGAGUUCCUGCUCACAGGCAUUCUGCAGCAGAGGGUGGACCUGGACGCGCACACCCUCUCCUCCCCGGAGUUGGAGCUGGCGCUCAAGGGAGGGGCCAAGGGCAGGAGGAAGAAGUGACAGGCAGGAGGAAGAGAGGACUGAUGUGGCGGACAGCAUUGUCUAACAGAUAAUGUGGAGAUAUGGGUAGAGAGAAGGGCAGAGGGAGAGCAUAGAGGAAACAAAUAAAACAAGAGGGCUGGUAACCUGUAGCUCAUUAUAGGAACCAAAAAGAGAUUUUGCUGCUUGUUUUACGUCUUUUUGUACCCUUCUUCCCCUGACUAUUUUCCCUUGUGUUUUUUAACGCAGAUAUUAGGUACUCAGUGUGUACUUUAUUCAGAUUAACACAAGAUGGAAUAUUGUGUCUGGUGAACUGUGACUACCGACCUUGAUUGUAAAUGAGCUUUUAGAUGACACUGCCUGUCAGUUCCCUCCAGUGAAGGAUAAUACAAGCCUGUGAUGGAAGUUCACCUGACAUAGUUUUAAAGGUGCACCACCUGUGCAUGUUCUUGUAAGUCUUUACAAGUGAAGGUUAUUAUUCC